CACAAGCAAACAUAAUAGACAUAAAAGAAAGUUAUCUACUGUUGCUGUUAUAUAUGUUGUUAUAUACAUCUCUCUUCCUGCUUAAUUGACUCUUAUCCAUAUUGCUGAUUCGCAAAUUAGCUAGAUAUCUUCUCCACGUCCAUGGCGUUCGCCACAAUAAAUCUCAACUUAGACGUCAACAGUUGCCUGAACGGGCUGUGGGCAUCACUGCGACUGGGCAGGCCAAAAUCUGGCAUCCAGAAAUUGGAAAAGGAAAUGGCAAGAUUGAGAAGCAAGAGAGGCGAUAUCAAGAACAAGAUCGGCGAGGCGGAGCGAGAGGGGAAAAUUCCGACCGACGAAGUGAGCCAGUGGCUACGGGAGGUGGAGGAAUUGGAAGGCCAAGUGGCUGAUAUCAACCAGGAUUUCCAAAGCAUGAGUUGCUUCAGUUGCAAUUGCUUCUAUCAAACUGGCGGAACGUCGAAUCAAACACCGCAAGCAGGAGAUCAGGUUCCUAUCAGAGAGUCAUCAAACUACUGCUCCAUCAGUCGAAGAAUGGUGAAGUUGCUCUGCGAGGCUAAUGAAUUGAUGAGCCGAGCCGGUGCACUGGAUCCAAUUGCCACAGUUGGGCCUCCGGAACCCGCCGUGAUGCUUCCCAUCUCGCACCGACUGCCUGUUGGGAUCGAGUCGUAUGUGGAGAACAUUGUGGGCUACAUCGAUGGUGGAGAAGGCAACAUCAUUGGCAUCUAUGGAAUGGGUGGUGUCGGUAAGACCACCAUGCUGAAGAGCAUCCAGCGGCACUAUUAUAAUCAUAGAAUAUUUGAUCAUGUCAUUUGGGUCGUGGCCUCCAAAGAGUACCAAUUGAAAAUGCUCCAGAUGGAUAUUGCUAAGAGUCUAGAAUUGAAGACAUUGCAGGAGACUGACGAUGAACGAACAUGUGGUGACAAGUUGUUUAGCUACUUGAAGAACAGGAACUGCUUGCUGCUUCUCGAUGACAUUUGGGAACAUCUGGAUCUUCAGCUGUUGGGGAUGGCACACUCGGCUACUGAGCGAGGUCAGCAGCAGCAGCAGCUGCCGCGCAAAGUCGUGGUGUUCACAACCCGCAGCGAGACAGUGUGCGCACGAAUGAUAGCAGAAAAGAAGAUCAAAGUCAAAUGCCUGGAUCCAAAUCAAGCAUGGCAACUCUUUAAGGAUAAUAGCGACGAGGAUGUUCUCAGCUCCGAUAAACGAAUCAACUCCUGUGCUCAAGACCUUGCUAAAGAAUGUGCAGGUCUUCCACUCGCUCUUGUUACCGUCGCCCGGGCCAUGUCAGGGAAAAAGUCUUGGGAACUUUGGAAUGAUGCUCUCCAUCAAAUAAGGGAUAAACAUGAGUGGACAACCAUGGAUCUUUUAGAAGAAGAUUCAGUAAUGUAUAAAGCCUUCAAGCUAAGCUACGACAGUUUAGAAAAUGACUCCAUAAGAGAAUGUCUCUUGUGUUGCGCUUUGUGGCCCGAAGAUUAUGACAUCCACAAAUUUGAGGAGUUGAUACCAUGUUGGAUAGGUUGUGGCAUAAUCCGUGAAUUUAACGUAAUCAAUGAAGCUUUCACCAAAGGAUGCUCCCAUUUGGAAGCUCUCAUGGCUGCAUCCUUACUAGAGCACUCCUCUAGACGGUGGGAUUAUUACGAGGCUCAACAUGUAAAGAUGCAUGAUGUCAUCCGAGACAUGGCACUAUUGAUGGUCCCUAGGUUAAAGGGGAAUGGGAGGAAAUGGAUUGUAAAAGCUGGAAUUGGUUUGCAUAAUUUGCCUAGACAGGAGGAAUGGCAGGAGGCAGAGCGAGCAUCAUUCAUGCAAAACCGCAUUCUAUCUUUACCAGAGUAUGAGGCUUCUACUUUUUCAAAACUUUCAAAGUUGUUCCUUCUACUUAACGAUAAUCCGCUGAAUAUUCCUCCGAGUUUGUUCGCAAGCAUGCCUCGUUUAACAUACUUGGAUCUUUCUAAAUGUGAUAUAAAAGAGCUUCCAAUGGAGAUUUGUAACUUAACUGAGCUUCAAUAUUUAAACUUGUCCUACACUUUUAUUGGAAGUCUGCCGCUCAAGUUUGGUUGUCUCUGCAAAUUAGAGUACUUGCUUCUAAGGUACACCAAGCUUGAGACCAUACCCAAUGGGGCAAUAUCCAAUUUAUCAAUGCUUAAGUGGCUGGAUAUAAGAGGAUAUUUUCCUGUAUUUGACUUGUUGAAUGAGUUGAAAUGUUUCAAAGGAUGCCACCAAUUAAGUCUGGGAAUUACCAUUAAUCCGGCUGAUCUCGAAAGACUGGGCAUGGUACCAAAUGUCUCCGUAUGGAACCUCACUGUGAGAGGAUGGCAAAGUUCAGAAUUUCUAAAAUACGAUCUAGACAGCGUAAGUGACAACCUCGAGCGUCUUACUAUUUCAGAUGUCCCGGGAGAUAAAUUAACGAUGAAUGCAGGCGUGAACUGUGAAUCAAGUUCCAGAUAUUUUAAGACUCUCUAUUUUGAAUCACUAAGACAAUUGGAAACAAUUUGUUUGAAUGGUGUUGGGUUCAACAACCUUUGUGACCUAUACAUUUAUGGUUGCGACAAGUUGAAGGAUGUUUCUUGGGUUCUCCAGCUACCAAGCCUUAAUCUUCUAGAUAUGAAAUAUUGUGAGGAAAUAGAGGAACUAAUAAGUAAUGUUGGGAACUACAAUUCUAGCUUUGGCAUCAAGAUGUUGAAUUUGGCCUUCAUGAAAAACCUGCAUCACAUUGCAUGCCAACCAUGUCAUUUUCCCUACUUGGAAUAUAUACGUGUGUACGAUUGCCCAAGUCUCAAAAAAUUACCAUUUGGGGUUGAAAUAUUGAAGAGCAGAUUAAAAGAGAUUAUCGGUGAUCAAACUUGGUGGGACAACUUGGAUUGGGAUGAUGAGAACAACAAGAAUUCCUUCACUUUUUAUUUUAGGGACCGAUUUCACUAGCUCAAUGAUUGUGUGACUUUAAAGACAAAACUUGAAUGCUCAGAUUGGUGACCAAUUUCAAGAAGAAGCUUGGGCCUUUGGGGCAUGGAGGUGUUCAUUAUUUUCUCUUCUUUAAUUUAGCUCGUGAUGAGAAUGAUUUAUUUAGUUUUCAAGAACAAUCAUGUUAUUUUUGCUUUCAUAAUAUUUUUGUUUUAUCAUUCUUACUCUUGU